AGCCCUGCCAGCCGCGCUGCCGGGGGAGCAUGAGCUGUGCCCAGGCCGGCAUUGUCCAGAAUCUGUACCAAAACAGGUUCCUGGGCCUGGCAGCUAUGGCGUCUCCAUCUAGGAACUCACAAAAUCGGCGCCGGUGCAAAGAGCCGCUCAGAUACAGCUAUAACCCUGACCAGUUUCAUAACAUGGACAUCAGGAACAAUUCCCAUGAGACAGUCACCAUUCCCAGGUCUACCAGUGACACAGACCUUGUCACUUCAGACAGCCGAUCUACCCUGAUGGUCAGCAGCUCCUACUAUUCCAUUGGGCACUCACAGGACCUAGUGAUAUACUGGGAUAUAAAGGAGGAAGUGGACGCAGGGGACUGGAUUGGCAUGUAUCUCAUAGAUGAAGUCUUGUCUGAAAACUUUCUGGACUACAAGAACCGUGGAGUCAAUGGCUCUCAUCGUGGUCAGAUUGUCUGGAAGAUUGAUGCCAGUUCUUACUUUGUGGAGCCUGAAACAAAGAUAUGCUUCAAAUACUAUCACGGUGUGAGUGGGGCACUACGAGCCACAACUCCAAGCGUCACGGUGAAAAACAACGCAGCUCCCCAGAUUUUUAAAAGCAUCACCAAUGAAGAUUCAAUCCAGGGACAGGGAAAUCGGAGGCUGAUAAGUUUUUCGUUGUCAGAUUUCCAGGCUUUCGGUCUGAAGAAAGGAAUGUUUUUCAAUCCAGAUCCUUAUCUGAAGAUUUCCAUCCAGCCUGGGAAACACAGCAUCUUCCCAGCACUUCCUCAUCAUGGACAGGAGAAAAGAUCUAAGAUCAUGUGCAAUACAGUUAACCCAAUCUGGCAAGGGGAGCAGUUCAGCUUUGUCUCCCUGCCCACGGAUGUCCUGGAAAUAGAAGUUAAAGACAAAUUUGCCAAGAGCCGACCGAUCAUCAAGCGUUUCCUGGGAAAACUCUCCAUGCCAGUUCAGCGCCUCUUGGAAAGACAUGCCAUAGGGGACAGGGUUGUAAGCUACACUCUCGGUCGCAGGCUUCCUACAGAUCAUGUCAGUGGCCAGCUGCAGUUCCGAUUUGAGAUAACUUCUUCCAUUCAUCAAGAUGAUGAAGAGGUCUCCAUUAGUGCAGAUCCUGAGCCAGCUGACCUCCAGGAAAGCCCUGUGAACAACCCCACAGAGGAAAGCCUCGGUGAGCCUCCAUGCAUCAACACAGUGACCUCAGAAAAUACAGUUCCAGAAGAGCUAAAUGGAUACAGUGUGAACAGUAUUGAUAGCCCAGGGGCUGUCAAGCCACCCAGGGAAGUCAACCAGAACAACAUAAAUGAAGAGCUAGCAGGAGAUGAGGAGGUUGAUGCCGUGCCAGUUCCUGAGCCCUUGGAAUCCAUCCGAGGAGAAGUGCUGCCUUCUUCAAAUGUGACGGACCUCACGGAGCAGCUGGGUCUGCUGGCUUGCGUGUCUCCUUCUGAGACUGAAGUUAGGGAAAACAGCAAAGUCAAUUCUGGUACUCAGAGAGAUGAUGGAGAAUUGAACAGCACGGAAACUUUAGAUGUCAAUGAGGUGAGUGCAGAUGUGUAUGCUGACAAAGACCUAGAGAAGAGUCAGGAAGAAGGGGCUUCAGCUCAAGAGGAGGAAGACAGCAAGCUACAGCUGAGGACCACAGCAAAGAGGAAAACAAGGCCAUGCUCCCUGCCUGUGUCUGAACUAGAGACAGUUAUAGCUUCAGCUUGUGGUGAGCCAGAGACUCCUCGCACUCACUAUAUAAGAAUCCACAACCUGCUCCACAGCCUACCCUCAGCACAGAUGAGCAGCGAUGGGGAAGAGGAGCAAGAUGCUGGCAAUGGCGGGGAGAACGAUGAAGAGUCCACAGUCAAGGAGGUGUUGCAGAAGGAGACAGUCAGUGAGAGUGAGACCAUGGCAGCAGAGCCUCCUCCAGAAAAUGAGGCUGAAGAGAACUUCAGCCAGUGCACAAUGCCUCCUGGGACCUUAGACGAGCAACUCUCUGACUUAAAUGAUGGGCUGGUGGAUGGGGAAAACCCCAGGACAGGAAGCGAAAGCGAGUCAAGCUCCAGACCCAAUGGUGACAACGAAUGUGAGGCGUGCGACACCUCUUGCUACAGCCCCUCCUGCUACAGUACCUCCUGCUACAGCACUUCCUGCUACAGCACGUCCUGCUACAGCACCUCCUGCUAUGACAGUAACAAUCGCUUCUCCAGCCAUACGCGCUUCUCCUCUGUUGACAGUGCAAAGAUUUCUGAGAGCACGGUCUUCUCAUCUCAGGAUGAUGAGGAGGAGGAGAAUAGCGCUUUUGAAUCCGUGCCAGACUCAGUACAGAGCCCUGAGCUGGACAGGGAGCAAGUGGAUGGCUCCUCCCAGUGGCCAGAUGAACUAGUAGCUCAUGGUGGGAAUCCACAACUAGCCACAGAAAGUCUAGACACCCCAAUAGCAGGUCCAAGCAGCAGAAGAGAAGGUGAUUGUCCUUUACUCCAUAAUUCUCAGCCAGUCAGCCAGCUUCCUUCUCUGAGGCCUGACCAUCAUCACUACCCAACUAUCGAUGAGCCUCUUCCACCAAAUUGGGAAGCUCGGAUAGACAGCCACGGGAGGGUGUUCUACGUUGACCAUGUCAACCGAACUACCACAUGGCAGCGCCCCACAGCUGCAGCAACACCAGAUGGGAUCCACAGGUCUGGCUCUAUCCAGCAAAUGGAGCAGCUGAACCGGCGAUACCAAAAUAUCCAGCGAACUAUUGCAACAGAGCGGACUGAAGAUGAUGGUGUAGUAAACAACAGGGUGGAGAGAGUUCCCACUGGAGGAGGAAGUGACUCUGAGGCAGAGCCUUCCCAACCAAGCUCAGAGAUUAGGAGGGAAGGUUCCCUUUCUCCUGUGAAUUCUCAAAAAAUCACCUUACUGCUGCAGUCUCCAGCUGUGAAGUUUAUCACCAAUCCUGAGUUCUUCACUGUGCUGCAUGCAAACUAUAGUGCCUAUCGAGUCUUCACUAACAGUACCUGUUUGAAGCAUAUGAUUCUGAAGAUCCGUAGAGAUGCUCGUAAUUUUGAGCGCUAUCAGCACAACAGAGACCUUGUAAAUUUUAUCAACAUGUUUGCUGAUACCCGACUAGAGCUUCCUCGUGGCUGGGAAAUAAAAACUGACCAGCAGGGCAAGUCUUUCUUCGUUGACCACAACAGUCGUGCUACCACAUUCAUAGAUCCCAGGAUCCCACUGCAGAAUGGUCGUCUCCCUAAUCACUUGACUCACAGGCAACAUCUUCAGCGGCUUCGUAGCUACAGUGCUGGAGAGGCUUCUGAAGUCUCUCGGAACAGAGGAGUUACUCUGUUGGCCAGACCAGGCAAUAGUCUCGUAACAGCUAUUCGAAACCAGCAUCAUUAUGAGACAUUACCUCUGGCUUACAAUGACAAGAUUGUUGCAUUUCUACGCCAACCUAACAUUUUUGAGAUGCUGCAAGAGCGUCAGCCCAGUUUGGCCAGAAACCAUGCACUCAGGGAGAAGAUCCAUUAUAUUCGGACAGAGGGUACGCAUGGGCUUGAAAAGUUGUCCUGUGAUGCAGAUUUAGUAAUUCUGCUGAGCCUUUUUGAAGAAGAUAUCAUGUCCUACAUACCACUCCAGGCCACUUUCCAUCCUGGUUACAGUUUCUCUCCUCGCUGCUCACCCUGCUCAUCACCCCAAAAUUCUCCAGGACUGCAGAGAGCAAGCGCAAGAGCACCUUCUCCAUACAGGAGAGAUUUUGAAGCCAAACUACGCAAUUUCUAUCGAAAACUUGAAGCCAAAGGAUAUGGACAAGGUCCAGGUAAAAUUAAGCUAAUUAUACGACGUGACCACUUACUGGAAGGCACCUUCAACCAGGUGAUGGCAUAUUCACGCAAGGAGCUCCAGAGAAACAAACUCUACAUCACAUUUGUUGGCGAGGAAGGACUGGACUACAGUGGCCCCUCUCGAGAAUUCUUUUUCCUUCUGUCUCAGGAGCUCUUCAAUCCCUAUUACGGGCUGUUUGAGUAUUCAGCCAAUGACACUUACACUGUACAGAUCAGCCCCAUGUCUGCCUUUGUUGAAAAUCACCUGGAAUGGUUCAGGUUCAGUGGUCGUAUUCUUGGCCUUGCUCUCAUUCAUCAGUACCUUCUUGAUGCUUUCUUCACAAGGCCGUUCUACAAAGCACUAUUAAGGCUGCCGUGUGAUUUAAGUGACUUAGAGUACCUGGAUGAAGAGUUCCAUCAAAGCUUGCAGUGGAUGAAAGAUAACAACAUCACAGAUAUCCUGGAUCUCACCUUCACAGUGAACGAGGAGGUGUUUGGACAGGUGACAGAGAGAGAGUUGAAAUCUGGAGGGGCAAAUACAGCAGUGACAGAAAAGAACAAAAAAGAGUACAUUGAGAGAAUGGUUAAAUGGCGAGUGGAACGAGGAGUUGUUCAACAAACAGAGGCCCUGGUCCGUGGCUUCUACGAAGUUGUAGACUCCAGGCUUGUCUCUGUUUUUGAUGCCAGAGAGCUGGAGCUGGUUAUAGCUGGCACUGCAGAAAUAGAUCUCAAUGACUGGCGUAACAACACGGAAUAUCGUGGAGGUUACCAUGAUGGACACAUUGUAAUACGGUGGUUCUGGGCAGCAGUGGAGAGGUUUAACAAUGAACAGAGACUCCGGUUGUUGCAGUUUGUUACUGGAACAUCAAGUGUGCCAUAUGAGGGCUUUGCAGCUCUCCGAGGAAGCAACGGGCUUCGGCGUUUCUGUAUAGAGAAAUGGGGGAAAAUAACCUCCCUUCCACGGGCACACACAUGUUUCAACCGUUUGGAUCUUCCACCUUACCCCUCAUAUUCUAUGCUGUAUGAGAAGCUGUUGACAGCUGUUGAAGAAACUAGUACCUUCGGACUUGAAUGAGGGGGUUCAGGCAAUUCUGGUGUUUUUCUGGCUGUUGAUGUCAUCUUUCCAACAUCAUUUAAUAUUGGUUUCCCAUGUUUUUAUUUUCGAAAAUAAAACAAAAAAGAAUCAAGAUUGACAAAGGCUAUGCAUGAAGAACUGCCACCCUCCAAGAUCUAACCUUCAUGCUUUCAUCCUGUUUCCUAUGGACUGCUAGUCUGUAUGCAAUAGAAAAACAACUGUCUCAAGGUUUCUGUAUAUCUCUACAUACCUCCAUUAAUAACAAUGAAAAUACAAAUGCAAGCUACACUACACUUGAUCAAAUGUUAGUAAAUGUUUACUUCCACCUACGUUGAUUAAAAAAUAAAAAAAAAUAAUUAAAAAAAAAAAAAUCAAGCAUUCCAAGCUUUUAUAUACCCACAUUUUCUAAACCAAUUUGCAGCCCAUCUUACUUCCUAACAGUUGAAUACGGUACUAGGAGCUGGUCAAAUAUAUUCUUCAUCCAUUCUUCUUUUCUCUGUACAUGUUGUCCAUCUCAGAGACACUUAUGAACAAAACUGAAAUUUUUAUAUACGAACUCACAUCAGUUGCAUCAUCUGGACCUGGCCCAGAUUCACGGUGCAGAUAAGACCUUCAAAAACUCAAAAAGCAGCCUGUUUUU